AUGGAACAUUUAGGUUAUCUCAUCACUGACUGCGCUCUGCGUUUUGAUGGUGCUUUGAAUGUGGAUGUGAACAAAUUCCAAACUAACUUGGUUCCAUACCCAAGGAUUCAUUUCAUGCUUUCUUCAUACGCACCUGUGAUCUCUGUUGAAAAGGCAUAUCAUGAGCAAGGUGAUAUUGUGUCCAAGGAUGUUAAUGUUGUUGUCACCACAAUUAAGACCAAGAGGACCAUUCAGUUUGUAGACUGGUGCCCAACUGGGUUCAAAUGUGGUAUCAAUUACGAACCACCAACUGUUGUCCCUAAGGCUAGGGAAGAUUUGGCUACUCUUGAGAAGGACUUUGAGGAAGUUGGAUGUGAGUCUGGUGAUGGUGAUAAUGAUGAGGUUGAAGAGUAUUAG